UCGGUGUCAGUUGCUUAACCUCAACCUGGUUUUACAUGAAACUGAAUGGUUUAGUAGAAGAUGUCCGAGCCAGCAGUGGAACCACUGAGCAGCGAAGAACAUGAAAAGUCUCAAGAUAGAACACGUCAUUCCGAUAUUGGCGAUAUUUUUGCUCCGAUGCACAUGAGCUACGACACAGGCAGUUUCCACCUGCUCAACAGAGGCUCACGCAUUCUCGGAAGUGGACGCGGUAGAAACUCUUUGCCUGUGGAGAACAAAGACAGAGUUGUAGAAAGGCAUAAUCGGAGGGCAAGGGAGACAAUCAGCAGCGAAGAGUCAUGGAGACCUUCAAUAAGACAGAAAAUGAGCUUUUCAGUAUCUGUAGAGACUUCUGUCAGCUACGUGGCGAGUAUCACCGGUUCCGCGGUCCAGGACAUGCUUCAUGAGAGUGAAAAUGAGGACAGUUGCGAGGAGUUCGUGCCCGAUGCCGUUGGACUGAUGGAACACGAAACGAAGAGCUACAAGGUAACAGCAUCGGAAGAACAACUCAUGCAAGAUGAUGCACGUAGUACCAAUACGAUCGUCUUUUUUGCAGAUCUUGUGAGGACAGAACGCAAGUCCAUCGCAAACGAGCUUCUAACCAUGGGACCUGACUGGACAGACAUGCCUCCACGACGAGCUCAGUGGACGCAAGAAAACAUACGUUCUGCUAUGGAAUCUGUAGAACGAGGGCAGUUGACGCAGCGUGGUGCAGCAGACCUAUAUAACAUACCUAGACGUACGCUGAGGAACCACUUAAAAAGUGGAAGUAUAAUACGACGUCUAUGACGCAGUUCUAUUAUGAAUGAAGCUCAAGAACGCGAUCUUGUCAACAGAAUCGUAAGAUUGAGAUACCACUUACUCCUAAGAUUAUUCGUAGACAAGCAUUCAUCUUUUGCGAAAAAUAUGAACUUAAACAUAAUUUUAACAAAAACUUUGGCCUUGCUGGCAAAUACUGGCUAAAUAUGUUUUUGAAGCGACAUUUCAAAACGAAAGGCACAGUUCAUGAAUCCAGCCAGGGCGCAAAAGGUGAACAGACCAAUCGUAAGUCACCACUUUGAAGAAGUUAAGAAAUUAUAUGACGAACUUGAUAUAGCAACGCAUCCA